UAGGGUUUAAAGGGUUUGCUUUCCGGUCUGUUUUUUUUUUGUUUGUAAAAGUAGGGUUUAAAAAAAAUAAAAAAACACUAAAACAUGGCGACGCCGUUCGCUAGAUCAUCGGCGGCGAGAUUGAUCAUGAAUCAAUCGAAAGCCCUAAUUACCAAAUCAGUGACAACGGAUGCGAGGAGAACGUCUUCUCUCAUCCUCAGAUCGAUUGCUUUGGCGUCUUUGGGAAGCGUAGAGUCGUUGAUGCCUCUCCAUAGCGCCAUCGCCUCUGCUCGUCUCAAAUCCUCCAUCGCGGUCGAUUCCUCCUACUGGAGCUGGCUCUCUCAGGACUUUGCAGUCCCUCGGUGAUUAUGACGAAGCUGCAAUUAUUUCUUCAACAAAAUUCAGCUUCUUUUGGCUGCCUUUUCUUCCAUUUCAGAAAUUUCUCCAAUUUGUAGUAAGUGCAAGUUUAUGUACUGUGUAAGAACAAACAUAAACAGCUCCUGCCUCUUCCCCAGUUCGUGGGCAAUAGUUCCGAAAGUUGGUUCAUAUUGUCACUUACUAUUACCAUCUUGUUUAAGCAUGAAGUUUUCAAAAUUUUAGUGUUCAAAUAUGUGCUGCAAUUGUGAAAAGAUAUCUAGAAAUUAAGAAUCUAUAAUAAAGUUAAUAUCUUCUUUGUUCUA